CAUACCCCUUGUAAAAUUGCUCGUAUUGCUUUCUUCCCAUUUGAAGACCUCUUCAUUCUCUGCACUGCACCCGCCAAAACUCAACGCUCUUAUGGUUCUGAGGAAAACCUUUACCCUCACAACCUCUCGUUAUCACACUUCUGCCACUGCCUUCAUCACACCGCAUAAUCUCCUUGAACUUCUUCAGCUCACCGUCGACCACCGUGCUCACAGACUCACCCAGCAAUGUCACGCUCAAAUCCUCACAAACGGGUUCGCACAAAACCCUUUCCUCACCACCAGGCUCGUCUCUGCAUACGCCACUUCUGGAGACUUAAACAUGUCACGCCUCGUUUUUCACUCCAUUGAGGCCAAGAACGUUUACCUCUGGAACUCGCUGAUUAAUGGGUAUGUCAAGAAUCGUGAAUUUGGCCAUGCCCUUGUGUUGUUCCGCGAAAUGGGUCGCAGUCAUGGUGGUGAUUGUGUGUUGCCGGAUGAUUACACGCUUGCGACGAUUUCCAAGGUUUCCGGUGAGCUUCAGGACUUGGUUUACGGGAAAUUGAUUCAUGGGAAGAGUGUGAGGGUUGGGUUUGUGUCUGAUGUUGUUGUUGCGAAUUCGGUGAUGGCAAUGUAUAGUAGGUGUGGGGAGUUUGGUGAUGCGAUGAAGGUGUUUGAUGAAAUGCCUCAGAGGAAUGUGGGGUCAUUUAAUGUUAUGAUUUCGGGGUGGGCAUCGUUGGGGAAUUUUGCUUCGACUUCGGGAGGUGAUUUGUGGUGCUUUUUUCGAAGGAUGCAAUGUGAAGGGUAUAAUGCUGAUGCUUUCACGAUUGCGAGUCUGCUGCCUGUGUGUUGUGGUAAAACUGGGAAGUGGGAUUAUGGGAGGGAACUUCACUGUUAUCUUGUGAAGAAUGGAUUGGAUUUGAAGAUGGGUUCUGAUGUUCAUUUGGGGUCUUCUUUGAUAGAUAUGUAUUCGAGAAGCAAGAAACUUGUUCUUAGCAGGAGAGUGUUUGACCAGAUGAAAAGCAGAAAUCUAUAUGUAUGGACGGCUAUGAUCAACGGUUAUGUGCAGAAUGGAGCACCUGAGGAUGCAUUGAUUCUUCUCCGUGAGAUGCAAAUGAAGGAUGGGAUGCGACCCAAUAAAGUAUCACUUAUUAGUGUGCUUCCAGCUUGUGCUUUGCUUGGUGGAUUAAUCGUAGGGAAACAGAUACAUGCGUUUUCUACUAAAGUGGAGUUAAAUGGCGAUACUUCCCUAUUUAAUGCUUUAAUUGAUAUGUAUUCCAAAUGUGGGAGUUUGGAUUAUGCAAGCCGAGUCUUUGACAAUGUUUCUUACUUCAGAGAUGCUAUCACUUGGAGUUCAAUGAUCUCUGCAUAUGGAUUACAUGGGAGAGGAGAGGAAGCUGUUGUAACAUAUCAGAAAAUGCUUCAGCUAGGGAUCAAACCAGACAUGAUAACAGUGGUCAGUGUUCUUUCUGCUUGCAGCAAGUCAGGGUUGGUAGAUGAAGGGAUGGGUAUAUAUAACUCACUGAUUACAAGGUAUCAAAUGAAACCAACAGUUGAAAUUUGUGCUUGUGUUGUAGAUAUGUUAGGUCGAUCAGGCCAGCUUGAUCAAGCCUUAGAGUUCAUCAAAGGAAUGCCUUUAGAUCCUGGUCCAAGUGUUUGGGGAUCUCUUUUAACUGCCUCUGUAAUGCAUGGGAAUUCAAUGACAAGAGACCUUGCUUAUAGGUGUCUCUUAGAGCUAGAACCUGAAAACCCUUCCAAUUAUAUCUCGCUUUCAAAUACAUAUGCUUCUUAUAAAAGAUGGGAUGUGGUAACUGAGGUGAGAACAAUGAUGAAAGAAAGAGGUUUAAAGAAAGUUCCAGGUAUCAGUUGGAUAACUAUUAGUGGUAAUACUCAUUCUUUUGCUGUUGGUGACAAAGCACAUCCUUCUUCUAGUUUAAUCUAUGAUAUGCUUGAUGACCUUGUAGCAAUAAUGACAGAUGGUUGUGCUGAUAUGGAUAUUCUUGCUUAAACCUCAGCCAUGUAGCUCAGCCAACUCUGGAACUGUUUGUUUAGCAAUCACUCAAAUCUCAAUACUCAAUAUCAGAUAUGCAUAUGCUAUUUCAUUACUUGAGGGUGAAAAACGGCAGAAAAGCCCCAACUUAUCAAGCAUGGUGACUGCAAUCAGUCCCCCCCUGAGAUACUGAGAGCAACAAAUUCUGCAUGUACUCUAACCAUCUGGAAUAAGAAAAGGGGAGGAAAAAACCCUUAAAGAUAGGAAACCAUAGGGAACCAUAUACCAGAAUAGGGAUCUUGGUGGAAUUCACGUCCUGAUUAACAACCUGAUACCAGGGGUCUUCAUUAGAAAUGUAGUAGCAGUAACAGGAAGUUGGCAGAAUGUGUUAGCAGAUGUUGAUUCAACUGUUCGUGCCGCAGAGAGAGAAAAAAUUUGUCAUACUAUCAGUUUCAAUUUUCUUUGAUGAAAUUUUGGUUGUUAGCUUAAAUCCUCUCUUCGAUAGUUUGCCUCAUAUCAAGAUGAAUAAUUAUUUUCGAGUAAAUGUUGGAUGAAGGAUCGAACAAGACCCGAUCUUCUCUCAAACUGAUGGCCCGAGUCCGGAAUUCUCCUUCGCCAGUGAUCUUCAUCAUCUCCAAUAUGUAGGUUCUAUGCAAUGACAUUCUGACGCCCAAAUCAGAAUUAUCUUUGUAGAGUAUUGAUAGUGUCAAUUGUAUGAACUUGUGUAAUUAUAGGCCUCAUCUUUAUAAGGAGAGAGGAGGACAAACUCUCGACGAGUCAAUGUCAUUUGAGUUCUCAGGUACAACAGUCAACAGAGGAUGAACUUGUUCAAUCCCCCUUGGUCUGGUAUGGGCUGAUCAAUAUGUAUAUUACUUAGGCUGACCGAAUCAUGUAUUAAAUGGGCCGGGUAACCCAUGAUCCAGCCGGAUCAAAACCCAACUAUAAAUAAAGAAGGACCGCCCAAGCGGCAGGGAUCCUAUCAUUUUUCACGCA